AUGGCUGGUGACAUCUGGAAUAUAAGUGCUUCAGAUGACAGAGGAACGCUGGGUCAGCAAGCCUUCGGUCAGGGGAAUCAGGAGACAGUCCCUCGCCCCGGGGGCAGGAAUAAGGAUGCUUCCUUUGAGCUGGAUGCCUGCACCCUCAUCUCUUCCCCAAAGUGGCUGAGGCUUCAUGGUCUUAAGGAAGCCAGACUUCACCUGUCCCAGAUUCUCUCUCAGAUAGGAUUCCAGCACAGGGAAGAAUACAUUUCCUCAUUGAAAAAACCUGUCUCCUCUCAAUAUGCUGAAGGUUUGUUUUUGCAGUUCACGAAAAAUGGAAAAAUGUAUAAUUUAACAGCCAGCAGAGAGCAGCUCUCUCAGUUUCUUGCCAGCUUGACGAGGAGAAUGAAGCUCUACAAGCAGCGCCUGGACUGGCUGACCAGUGGGAGUCGGCAGAUGUUCGGUGUCAUUCAGGAACACUCUGUUGCUCUCGUCCUGGACUUUGGCAGCGUUUCCAAGGCUCAGUUUGAUCUUUGUUGUGAUGUGCUGUGUGCUGUGCUCAGGGAACAAGUGGCACACAUUGCUACAUUCCGUCUCAUUCUUUGGGCAGCUGCAGAGAUGGAAAUGUAUCCUGAGAAAGCAGUACACAGCACUAGAGCCACCAUCGAUUCUGCCAUGGGCUGGAUAAGGAACCUGGAGCACAAACCCAGCAGCAGCCAGAGCAGCGCGGUGGAGGCGGUUCUGAAAGCCAUGAGCGACAAAACAGUUGAAGCCAUUUAUCUCUUUGCUGCGGGGGAUUUUAAAGAAGCUAUGGUGGAUCUGUUGACAGCGUUUCCCAGCAUGUGCCCCGUCCACACUGUAUCAUUCAAUGCCAAACAUGAAGGAACUAUAAAGCUCUUAAAGGAUUUAGCCCACCGGACUGCCGGGAGUGCAUCGAGCACAACAGUGAAAUGCAUCUCUUCCCCCACAGGAGCUGGCGUCAGGGAAGACGUGUUCCUGAUUUGGAGAGAGAUGGAGGAAGCCAGGAACACUCUGGCACAUGUUCAGGCUCUUGUACUGGAAGUUCCUCAGCCAAUAGGGGGUCACGAGGCUAUGAUUUCAAAGCACCCUGACAUGCCGAAGUCGGAGGACUGCGUGAGCUCAAGGGACUGGCUGCAGAAGUAUGGCUUGAAGGCACAGAAGCUGUUAUUUUACGAUGCUCUAGGCGAUUGCGCCUUUCCCCAUUCUGAUGGUGUCAUUGAUGUGAAAUCCAAGCCAGCUGAUGAGAGCUUACACACUGAUGCUGAAAAGAGAGACAAGCUUGUCAAUGCCAAAUACUGCGACAAAUUUGCUCACACAAAGUGGAGAGAUGGAUCAGUGGUCCACAUGUAUAUCACUGCCGAGAAGUGUAAGUGGUAUGAAGGAAGGAUGAAGACAGCUCUUGAUCACUUACAGAAAAGGCUUGACUGGCUUCAGACUGGCAGCAGGGAGCUGUUUGGAACAGUUCUUGAGGAUCAGGUGUACGUCCUCAUAGACACUUCGGAAUCUAUGAAGGACAAGCUGCCACAGGACAAAAUCUUCCAGCUUAUGCAGGAACAACUCCGACACAAAAGCAAAGUGAACUUCGUGAAGUUUGAUUCCCGCGCUGUCGCCUGGUGCGAUCGACAGGCAGAAGUCAAUGAACACAAUCUGGAAAAUGCCUGGCUUUGGGUAAAAGGGUUUAAGGUGGGCGGUUCUACAGACACACUGGGAGCUCUGAGGCUGGCCCUGGCUGAUCCUGGAACUCACGCGGUCUACCUCCUCAGCGAUGGGAGACCGGAUCAGCCUCCGAAGACGAUUCUGGCUCAGAUGCAUCUGCAGCCUCCGGUUCCCAUUCACAGCAUCUCAUUCCACUGUGCUGAUCUGGAAGCCUCCAGGUUCCUGCAUGAGCUCUCCAAGGAGACUGGGGGCAGGUUCCAUUGCUACCAGUGUGACAUCACAGAGCCCCAAGCUCCUCAACCAUUUGUGAGUGAAGACACGUAUCUUUUAAAGAAAGAAAUGGAGCAGGGGAAGCAGGACCUGGACAAAGCGCUGAAGCUUCAAACCGAGUGCAUGAUGUUGGAUUGGUACCACAACGGAGACGAGCAGAUACAAAACAGAAACCAGGAAAGACCCCACAGUGCCUCCAUGUUUCAGUCCAGUGCUGAGGAUCUUGAAAUGGCUAAGAGAGCCCUGCCGGCACUCCCCUGGACCCCAGCCUCUCAUCGCAGUCACAGGGACAGGGAUCAAACCCACAGAUCAAAGGAUCUGCAAAGACAGAAGCUUAGACAUGCAGCUUAUACAAGGUCCAGUCUGCUGCGAUUCCUGAGCAAUGGUGUGGGAAUCAGUGGCAAAGACAGCACUCUACAGGAGUGGAUGCUGCCAGAAAACCAGGAGCUUUUUAAAGGGAAUUUAGCAAAACAAAGUCAAGUACUAAAUGGACUUCAUUUAACAGCAAACAAACAGACUCAGAAGAAAGCAAAAUGCAAACCAAAGGAGCGAGUCCACGAGCGCUGCUUGCCUUUUCAUUAUCUUGAGGAGCUCAAGCUGCAGUCUUUGGACAUGUCCUCAGCUCGCUGGCUUCAAACCAAUGGUUUGGUUGCCAGAAGGCUCACCAUCAUGGAUGCCUUGGCACCUACAGCUGUGCCGCAGACCGCAAAAUACAUUCCCAUAUUGGACAAGCACGUUUGUUCUAAGGUGUUUGAUGAGAUUUUACCGUUGGCCUAUGUAAGUAACAGCAAGAAACGGAUCACACUGGUUAAUCCCCAGGCUGUGAACCUGGAAGUUUACAAAGAGAAGCUGAAGCAGGCUCUGAAAUCCUAUGAAAGACGUCUUAAUGGAAUUGUGUGGAGAGCUUUAACCCAAGAGGAAAGAGAUAAGUUUCAUAGCGCCGAGCCAGUUCCCUUCACAGAACACAUGGAAGCUCUGCUUCAGGAAAAACUAGCACUGGAAACACACUCACAAUCUCAAGAUGGCAACACAGCAGAAGAAAAGAUCCAAGGCAGCAAUGUGUUCAGAGCCAGUGCAGGAGAGAAAAGGGUCCUGGACACACUGAGAGGCCAGCGGGUCAUUGCCAGGGCAGAGAUGGAUGGCUUUUAUUACCCAGGUACAGUGACAAAAUGCAUUGGCUCCAAAAAGGCUGUUGUGAGUUUCAGCAAUGGAGAUACCCAGAUUACACCACUAGGGCUUCUGAUUCCCAUUGGAGGAGCUCUCCCUUGCCCACCACUGCAGGUUGGAGAUUUUGUAUUUGUUCGAAGUGGGACCGACUGUGCCGGGGAGUGCUGGGUCCCUGGUGUUGUCAUAGCAACCCCACAGCGAGGCAAAUCAACAGAUAAAUUCUACACGGUUCUGAAAUACAACAACAAACAAGAGGUUUUGCUGCGCAGCCGGAUUGUUAAAACUAGCCAGACAAGAUAUGCCCUGACCUGCCGUUACAUAAGAGAAUGCCAGAUGAUCUCUCACACAAUACCGAGCAUCCAAUCUGUGAAGCCAUUUCCUAAAGAUUCCAAAUGACAGGAAGAAAAAGGAAAGGCUCCAUCAGAACAACAGGGAGGAGACGCAAAGAAGCAGAAGAGGAGAAGAAAGAAGAGGGAGCAGAAAGCGUGCCAGGAUCCUUCAGACAGCGAGGAGACAGAUGUCAGUAAACAUGACCCAGGGAGUGCCUCAAGGGAUGAAGCUU